GCACCUUAUUACUAGUUUAUGUCCAUACACUAACAGUUGCUUCUCUCAGUUGCACAAGAAAACUAAAAAAAUUGUCCUUUUUUUCAGUCUCUCUUUAAUUCUGUGAAAAAAAAGAAAAAAAACUUUGAACAAGGAAAAUUAAUCAAUUUAAUCAUGUCUUCCCCAAGCAAACGCAGAGAGAUGGACUUGAUGAAGCUGAUGAUGAGUGACUACAAAGUUGAGAUGAUCAACGAUGGCAUGCAAGAGUUCUAUGUUCAUUUCCAUGGGCCUAAUGAGAGUCCUUAUCAGGGAGGUGUGUGGAGGAUAAGAGUUGAGCUGCCAGAUGCUUAUCCUUAUAAAUCUCCCUCAAUUGGCUUUCUUAACAGGAUCUACCACCCAAAUGUUGAUGAAAUGUCUGGCUCAGUUUGUUUAGAUGUUAUCAAUCAGACAUGGAGUCCUAUGUUCGAUUUGGUGAAUGUGUUUGAAGUAUUUCUACCACAGCUUCUUCUGUAUCCUAACCCAUCAGACCCAUUAAAUGGGGAGGCUGCAGCUCUGAUGAUGCGUGACCGCCCUGCUUAUGAAAAACGAGUUAAAGAAUACUGUGAGAAAUAUGCAAAGCCACAGGACAUAGGAGCUGGCCCUGAAGAAAAGUCCAGUGACGAGGAGGUGAGUGACGACGAGUAUGCCUCUCAAGACGAGGAAAUGGCAGGCCAGGCAGAUCCGUAACGGUCCAUACCUUAUCUUCCGAAAAUGUUCAGUAAAUUAUGUUCUUUCACUGCAAGCAAAGGAAAAAAUUUCCUAGCUUGCUUGUAGUUUCCUCUGUAAAUAAAUGUAUCAUUGCUUUGUGUUAUUUGACAUUAAUCUGUGUAUUGGGGUUUAGCAUUGAUCUGAUGCUAACUUGUAUAAUUCUCUGUAUGGUAUUUAUUUAUUUUUA